GCUUUUUUCUUUCAUUCAUUUAUUUUUAAACAAGCAAUUCAUCAACGCCCACUGAUGUAACAAUUUAACUACAAUUCCCAUAAACCCGCUGGGUGACAUGUUGAGGGAAUCAUGGCAGCGCGUAUCGGAUCCUUCCUGAAAAACGCUUGGGCCAAGGAGCCUGUAGUUACAGCUGCGUGUGGAAUCGGGCUCAUGGCUGUGAUCCUGCCUUUAGUGAGUCCGUAUACAAAGUACUCAGCAAUGAUGAAUGCAGCUGUGCCCUACAACUACCCAGUGCCUGUUAGAGAUGAUGGGGACAUGCCUGACGUCCCAAGUCACCCCUGUGACCCCCAGGGCCGCAACCUAGACUGGCUAAAAAACUUGUAGCAUCAAAGAAAUUUCUUCGCUGAUUGUAUCCCUAUGAUUCCUUUGCUGUUAAAAUGUUUAAUAAUAAACCUCUAUUUAAUGUC